AUGCCCUUCAUCACUAGUACAACUACUAGUGCUAGUGAUUUUACUACCAAAGGCUGCAUCAAGGUGGAACGAGACACCCUCCUAGCAUUCAAGGCGCAAAUCAUAUAUAGCAAGGCUCAUCCCAUGUCAUCAUGGGGUGAUCAGACUGAUGACUGCUGUCAGUGGACCGGUGUGCGCUGUGACAACAAUUCUGGCCAUGUCAUCCGCCUCAGCCCUCAUUUCAGGCAACCACCACCAUAUUAUUAUUAUGAUUAUUAUUAUUAUAAUGAUGGUUAUUGUAAUACUGGGUGCACAGAUCAAGGCUUGAGUGGGAACAUUAGUGAAUCUCUUAUUGGCCUCCAGCACCUCAAACACCUUGAUCUCAGCUUCAAUUGCUUCAAUAAUAUUCCCAUCCCAAAGUUGUUGGGUUCAUUUGAGAACCUGGUUCAUCUUGACCUUCGCUGCUCAGGCUUCACUGGUGCUAUACCUCACCAACUCGGUAAUCUCACCAGGCUGAUUUACCUCGACCUAGCAACAGAUUAUUAUGAAGGAGUACUCAAGGUUGAUGAUGCUGAGUGGCUAUCUGGUCUAUCAUCUUUGAGAUACUUGUCUAUGGAUGGUGCCAACUUUUCUGGUGUGAAUAACGUCAUACAAUCACUCAACAAGCUUCAGCAUUUAGAACAUGUUUCUCUGCUUCACUGCAGAGUGAGCAACAUCCCUGAGUCUCUCCCACAUCUCAACUUCACCUCCCUCGCCUUCCUAAAUAUCGGAUGGAACAACUUCAUGUUCGGCACCAAUAUCCCAGAAUGGCUCUUCAGAAUACCCAAGUUACGUUUUCUCAACAUGAUAGGUUGUAUGUUGAGCGGCACCCUCCAUUCCUCGGUUGGAAAUGCAACUUCUCUUCAAUUUUUGGACUUAUCCUUAAAUAUAUUUGAUGAUAUGCCGAGAGGAUUUGGCGACCUCUGCAAUCUCCGGUAUCUUCACUUGGGCAUUUUUAUGGGAAAGAGCUUGGAGGAUUUCAAAGAUGCAUUUUCUGGAUGCAUCAGGCGAAAUUUGAAUGUGCUUUCAUUUGAAUUUAGCAUGCUACAAGGUCCUUUGCCAGAUUGGUUGGGUGAAUUCAGAAAUCUCACCAUUCUCAAUCUUUCCUACAAUUCCUUCAACGGCUCCAUUCCUGGAUCCUUGGGAAGACUCUUGGGAUUGCAAUAUUUGGGUCUUAGCGACAAUGAACUAAAUGGCCCUAUCCCAGAAAGUCUCUGGCAACUUUCAAAUCUAGUUUCCUUGGGACUUGGUGACAACAACUACUCCUCUGUUAUCACUGAAGCUCAUUUGGCCAAUCUCACCAAUCUCAAGUACCUGUUACUCGAUCGGAUGGUUCUCAAUAUAAGCAAUGAAUGGAUUCCAGGGUUUCAAGCUGAGGAAAUAAGCCUGUCUCAUUGUCACAUUGGAACAAAAUUUCCAAUUUGGCUUGCCAACCAAGUGAAUCUUCAGACUUUGGACAUAUCUAAUGUUGGAAUCAGGGAUUCAAUGCCUGAUUGGCUCUGGAACAUCAUCUACACGAUAUCAUUCUUAGAUCUCAGCAACAAUGAGAUCAGUGGAAGACUGCCUCAACACUUGAAAUUUCAAGCCGCAAGAUAUAUCAUUGGAAUAUUCCUUCACUCUAAUCGCUUUGAGGGAUGUGUUCCUUAUUUUCCUCCUAACGUUCAUGUACUAGACUUAAGCAAUAACUCACUGUCAGGAAUCAUUCCCUCUGAUCUUGGAAACUUUGGAGAAAUAAGACCCCAGCUCACUUCCCUCCGUAUAUCUUCAAACAAUUUAAUUGGCAAUAUUCCAAAAUCUCUUUGUAAUUUUAAGGACCUGGUGUCAUUGGAACUCUCCAACAAUCAUUUGGAAGGAGUGAUCCCGAGUUGUUGGAAUAAUUUGAUGGGUCUACAGUACCUCAUAUUGGCAAACAACUCAUUGACAGGUGAAGUUCUAAAUUCCCUUACAAGUUCCUCACAAUCUUUACGAGUGUUAUACUUAAGCAACAAUCGGCUGCAUGGAGAUUUUCCAUCAUUCCUGGAGAAGUGCACUUCCAUGACUACUCUUGCUCUUGACCACAACAAUUUAUCAGGCGAGAUUCCUACUUGGGUCGGAGAAACUAUGACUUCAUUGAUGAUCCUGACUUUGAAAGAAAAUAAUUUCUCAGGUAACUUGCCUUUACUAUCCAAUCUCACAUCACUUCAUUUCUUGGAUCUUUCCCACAAUUCAUUUGUAGGGAGCAUACCACAAUCAUAUGGCAACCUCACAGGCAUGAUAGAUGCUAGUAUGAAUGGUGGGGCAAGUUUUUCCUCUAAUUUAUCAAAAGUUCUAGUAAUUACAUUGACUGUGGCAACAAAAGGAAUAGACCUACAAUAUGGAGUCAUUCUUUCUUCUUUGAAAUUCAUGGACCUUUCAGCAAAUAAGCUAUCAGGCACAAUCCCAAAAGAGAUAGUUAACCUAGUUAGAUUGCAAAACUUAGAUUUAUCAUGUAAUUAUUUGUCUGGUGAAAUUCCUAGCGAUAUUGGUCUAAUGCAAUCAUUGGAAUCUCUCGAUCUCUCAAGAAAUGAGCUCAUAGGAUCAAUUCCUCUUAGUCUCUCUACAAUAAAUUUUCUAGAAAGCUUAAAUCUAUCACACAAUAACUUGUCGGGAAAAAUCCCAUACGUGAACCAUUUGACCACUUUCAAUAAUCCAUCUAGUUAUGUUGGCAAUCUCAAUCUUUGUGGAGCUCCUCUAGAGAAGAAUUGCACAAGUGAUGAACCACCAUCAAAUGCCCAUAAUCAAGAAGAUGAAGAUGAUAAUGAUAGUCAAUCCACUUGGUUUUACAUUGGUUUGAUGCCAGGAUUUGUGGUUGGGUUUUGGAUAGUGUGGGGAAUUCUACUAUUCAAAAAAGAAUGGGGAUGCAUUUAUUUCAAGUUUCUGGAUCACACGUAUGAUAUGAUAUAUGUAAAGAUAGUAGUCCUUGUACCCAAGAUCAAGAGGGCUUUGGCUGUGACGAGAUCAAUGUAA